CAGUAUUCUCUGAAAACAUGACCUCGGCUCAGGAGCUGCUUCGAUCUCAGAGGGAACUGUUGCUGAACUGGACUUGCGACCAUCCAGCUCCCCUGUUACGUUGGCUCUACGACGAUGAGGUGCUCUCUUCCAGCUCCUACCCAUCUUUACUAGAAAAAUCCCCAUCUGAUGCUGUGGCUCAGGCUCUGGAGACAGCAUGUGCCUCAGAGGAGAGCAGUCAACGGUUCCUGCAGGUGCUGAGAGAAGUGCAAGAUUAUUACUGCAAGGAUCUGCACAUUUGGGUGGAUAGACACUGUAGAUCUUUUGCAAACAAACAACCACCGUCUGAAGUGGUAGAAGCUGAAGAUAAGCACAAGAAAUCAAAAGGACCCAUUGCUAAACUAUUCAAAAGGAAGAACAAAGGAUUCUCCAUAACACCAGAGGUUAGAGGUAAGAAAGAUCUAAAACCAACAAGGAGUCAAAGGGUGGCCAACCUCAAAGCUCAAAUUUCUAUCCACAAAACAACCUUACUGACGCGCAUGAAGGAGCUGAAAUGUUACUCGGAGGGCAGUGGAGAAACUUCAAACUCAACUUCUCACAUUGAGAUUCGGUACACUGACCUCUUCGUGACAGAGGACAACGACUUCACUGACAGCAGUCAACAUGAGUACUUUGACUUGGCAAGCAGACGAGCCCGUAUCUAUGUCCACCAAUCAUGCCAGCGCAUUAGGCCAAGCCAACUACUGAGUCCUCAAGAGACAACAGGACAGCCACCUAAAAGGGUUAAAGUGAAGGGUAUCGCUGGUAUUGGAAAGAGUGUAGCGGUCCAGAGGCUCGUCUACGAAUGGGCGAUUGGAAAGAGCAUGCGUGAAUUCACCUGCAUCUUUGAUUUAUCUUUCAGAGAGCUCAAUCUAAUUGAAGCUCCUAUUAGUUUGUUGGAGCUACUUGGAGAGAGGUUCUGGCACUUAAAGGAUGCUCUUCCUGAUCUGUUCACUGCACCAGGAUCUCUGCUCUUCAUCCUCGAUGGCUUAGAUGAGUUUAGAUUCUCUUUAGACUGGAAAAGUCGGGAUAAAAACAUUGGUAUGAAGUCAAAGCUGCCAGUGUCUGAGCUGAUAGUUGCUUUGAUUAAAGGAAAUCUUCUCCCAGAGGCAUCCAUCAUUCUCACAACAAGGCCAUCUACAGAAGCUCCAAAGCGUUUCUUUCAGAGAUGCUGUGUGGUGCUGGGCUUUGAGGAAGACCAGGUCAAAGAGUAUACCACCAAGUUCUACAAGGACAGGAAAGUCGCACAAAAAGUCUACGACUACAUCUCGAACAAUGACAGCAUUUUUGUGUUGUCCUUUAUCCCACUUUAUUGUUACAUCAUCUGUACUGCUAUGCUGGAGUUCUUCUUGGGAUCUCAGGAUGUUGGUGACUUUAAAUCUCUGGAGUUAAGCCCGCCCAGAACAGUGAGUGAAGUUUACUUCUGCUAUCUGUUAACAACAGUAAAACACCAUGCACUGAGGGCAAGUGCAGAAAGAUCAACUUCAAGAUCAGAAGUUCUCUCCCAAGCAAAGCAACAGCUGACAAACCUGGGAAAACUGGCCUAUGAAAAUCUCCUGCAGAGGAAGAUCAUGUUCAGCAGAAAAGACCUGGAGAAUUAUGGUGUAACACCAGCUAAUAUCCGAAGCACCUUUCUUUGUCAGAUCCUUCAUCCUCUCAAAGAGGAGGCAAUGGAGAUGUUUUCCUUCUUCCACUUGACUGUUCAGGAACAUUUGGCAGCCCUCUACUGUGCCCUCAACCUCUUCAGUCAGGAGGAUAUAACUCAAGCUUUAAACCUCUGGUGCUUUGGGUUACAGCCACCAUCUGUCUCUUCAACAUUGCUUAAAAACAUAGAGCUUAACAUGGACAUGCUGGAUAGUCUCCAAAUGUUCACAAGGUUCUUUAUGGGUCUUCUCCGAACGAGGUUAGCAAAACAGCUAGAUGGUCUUGUUGACCCGUCCAAGGAGGAGGAGAAUGGAAUCCCCACCGGUUUGGGUUUAUGGUUCCAAGACCAAUUUAAACACAGGGAGAUGAAAAACGAAACGGCAUUGAAUCUUUUGCAUUGUUUGAUGGAGUUUCACACGAACGAGACCACCACCAUCGCAGCACCAGAGAUUAAGAAGCUUAACUUGUUUAAAAUGAAGUUGAGUAUUGUGGACUGUGCAGCAAUGCACUAUGUGCUGAAGUUUUCUCCACACACACUUCAGGAACUCAACCUGGGUUACUCAAACAUUGGAAACAAAGGACUCAACCGACUGAGGCCAAUCCUCCAUCGCUGUGAAUCUCUCUAUUUGAGAUACAACUGUCUGGAUUGGCAAGCAGCGAUAUUAGAAUCUGCAGUUCUGAAAUCAAACGGAUGCCAAGUCAGGAAACUCUUUAUGUGUGGAAACAACCUGGGUCCAGAAGGGGUUAAUGAGCUGUGGACCGCCCUGGAGAACAACACCACUGUUGAAGAGCUCUAUCUGGACAUCACUGGCAUCACAGAGAAAGGGACGGAAAACAUUGUUAACUGUCUCAGCAAAAACACUUCCCUGAAGAUUCUGACAAUUGUUGGAAAUGACAUUGGAGAGGUGGGCAGAAAAAGGCUCAGAGAACUGCAGAAAUUGAGACCAGAUUUAAGGAUUAUUGCAAAUUUCGUGGACGACCUGGGGUUGCUCCAGGCCUACCUGGGCUGGGUGGAGGAGAUCCGUGCUGACAGGGACCAGAUGGACUCGGUGAAGAAUGUGGAUGCUCUGCAGUCAGUGCUGCGAGGCCUGCAGAACAUUGGAGGGGAAAUGGAGAAAGGAGAGAAUGCAGAUAAAGCUAUGGAGCUCCAGAUAAAAAUUGAGGAGUUGCUAAAAUCACAUCUGAUUGGAGGGAGUUGAGCACAACUUUUGUUUCAUAUUGCAAUAUGAAACAAAAGUUGUGUGUAAUCAACUUUGUCUUUGAUUAUUCCAACACAAAGUUGUGUGUUGGAAUAAUCAAAGACAUUUUAAACAAACUGACAUAAUGAGUUUAGUCUGUUAAAGCAGGCUUUGAACCUUCUCUGAAUUUUAUGUGGCGUGGGUUACUCUAUUUUUUUAAAAGAAGCUCUAGAAAUCACGGGUAAGUUCAGGUGGUUCUGUAAAUGUAGAAAUAACCAACAUAUUUUUUGUUAACAGAAUUUCUACCUUUUUUAGACAUUGAUCAUGAACCACUAUUAUUGCAGAUGUCAAACAUAGAAAAUGUAUAUUUCUUAGUCCAUAAUUCACUGAAACAGAAAAAUUAUUGUGUGCUAUAUUGUGUGCUUUGUGCCUUAAUGUUUGGUGGCUGAAAAAUAACUAAAAAUAAAUAAAAGAAUAAAUGAACAGAUAAGUAAAAUUAUAAUAAAAAUAUUCA